ACCAAAGCAGCUGAAAUGGCAAACCUGAAGACUGGAGACGCAGCCGACUGGAUCAAAUCUCUGAUUCAAGAGUCCCAUAAGGCCAAAGAGUUCUCCUACUGUCCUUACAGCCAGCUCCGAGUGGGAUCAGCCCUGCUCACAGAGGAUGGAAGAAUCUUCUCAGGUUGCAAUGUUGAGAACGCGUGCUUCUACCUGGGUCUGUGUGCAGAGAGGACGGCCAUAAACAAGGCCGUCUCUGAAGGAUACAAGAAAUUCAAGGCCAUUGCUGUGUCUAGUGACCUGGAGGACCGGGUGAUUCCUCCUUGUGGCGCCUGCCGACAGGUCAUAAGAGAGUUUGGUGAUAUACCAGUCUUCAUGACCAAGGUGGACGGAUCCUACACCAAGAUGUCACUGGAGGAGCUGCUUCCUCUGUCAUGGGGCGCUGAGUACCUGAAGAAGUAGGAGAUGAACUCUCCGAAACAUUAAAGCAUUUACUAGAUGUCAUCAAGUGUGAAGUGAUGAGCACCGUUUGAUUUCUGUGACACCUAGUUUUGAAUCUUAAAAGUGUAUAACUAGUCAGUCAUUUGAUUUGAAAUAAAGACUUGUAUCUUUAAA